AUGUCUCAACAAGAUAAUGUCAAAAAAGCUACCGAAGGUGUCGCUAACCUACAUCUCGAUGAAGCUACUGGAGAAAUGGUCUCUAAGUCUGAAUUGAAGAAGCGUAUCAAACAAAGACAAGUUGAAGCUAAGAAGGCUGCCAAAAAGGCUACUGCGCAACCAAAACCAGCUUCCAAAAAAAAAACUGAUUUACUAGCUGAUUUGGAUCCAUCACAGUACUUUGAAGCAAGAUCUCGCCAAAUCCAAGAAAUGAGAAAGAGUCACGAACCAAACCCAUACCCACAUAAGUUCCAGGUUUCUAUAUCUAAUCCUGAGUUCUUGGCUAAAUACGCACACUUGAAAAAGGGUGAAACUUUACCAGAAGAAAAGGUUUCCAUUGCUGGUAGAAUUCAUGCUAAAAGAGAAUCAGGUUCCAAAUUAAAGUUUUACGUUCUUCAUGGUGACGGUGUCGAAGUUCAACUCAUGUCUCAAUUGCAGGACUAUUGUGACCCAGAUUCUUAUGAAAAAGAUCAUGACCUUUUGAAGAGGGGUGAUAUUGUUGGUGUUGAAGGUUAUGUCGGAAGAACCCAACCUAAGAAGGGUGGUGAAGGUGAAGUCUCUGUUUUUGUUAGCAGAGUGCAAUUACUGACACCAUGUUUGCAUAUGUUACCUGCAGACCAUUUUGGUUUCAAGGACCAAGAAACCAGAUAUAGAAAGCGUUAUUUGGAUUUGAUCAUGAACAAAGACGCUAGAAACCGUUUCAUUACUCGUUCUGAAAUUAUCCGUUAUAUUAGAAAAUUCCUGGACCAAAGAAAAUUUAUUGAAGUGGAAACUCCGAUGAUGAACGUUAUUGCUGGUGGGGCCACUGCUAAGCCAUUUGUCACUCACCAUAAUGAUCUUGAUAUGGACAUGUACAUGAGAAUUGCUCCGGAAUUAUUCUUGAAAGAAUUAGUUGUCGGUGGUUUGGACCGUGUUUAUGAAAUUGGUAGACAAUUCAGAAAUGAAGGUAUCGAUAUGACACAUAAUCCAGAAUUCACCACCUGUGAGUUCUAUCAAGCAUAUGCAGAUGUAUAUGAUUUGAUGGAUAUGACCGAAUUGAUGUUUUCAGAAAUGGUCAAGGAGAUCACUGGUUCUUACGUCAUCAAGUACCAUCCAGACCCUGCUGAUCCUGCUAAAGAACUAGAAUUGAACUUUUCGAGGCCAUGGAAGAGAAUUAAUAUGAUUGAAGAAUUGGAGAAAGUGUUCAACGUCAAAUUUCCAUCCGGUGAUCAAUUGCAUACCGCUGAAACUGGUGAGUUUUUGAAAAAGGUUCUUUCCGACAAUAAACUGGAAUGUCCUCCUCCAUUAACCAAUGCUCGUAUGUUAGACAAACUUGUUGGUGAAUUAGAAGACAUGUGUAUCAACCCAACUUUCAUUUUUGGUCACCCUCAAAUGAUGUCUCCAUUGGCCAAGUACUCAAGAGAUCAACCAGGCCUAUGUGAGCGUUUUGAAGUCUUUGUUGCUACAAAGGAAAUCUGUAAUGCUUACACCGAGUUGAACGAUCCUUUUGACCAAAGAGCUCGUUUCGAGGAACAAGCAAGACAAAAGGAUCAAGGUGAUGACGAAGCUCAAUUGGUCGACGAAACCUUCUGUAAUGCUUUAGAGUACGGUUUACCACCAACCGGUGGUUGGGGUUGUGGUAUUGAUAGAUUGGCCAUGUUCUUGACCGAUUCCAACACUAUUAGGGAAGUUUUGUUGUUCCCAACUUUGAAACCUGAUGUUUUGAGAGAUGAAGUCAAGAAGGAAGAAGAACAUGAAGCCAAAUAA